GGCGGCGGCGGCGGCGGGCGGGGUUCUGGCCUCGCGCGGUUUGGGGGUUUUUUAUAACCCUGGCAGGCGGCUCAGGAAGUGCCUUCCCCGCGCCCCCUCCCCCGGCCACGCCGCCGCGCUCGCUCCCUCCCUUCCUGCGCAGGGCGGCGAGACGGCGGCGGAGACGGCGGACGGAGGCCCGGGCGGGCGGGCGGCCGCAGGCACCGAAGAAGAGGCACUGAGGCCCAGAGAGGCUCACGCACAGGUGUCUGAUACCACGCCAUCAACCGAAGCCCCCAAAAGGAGCCCAGUGAUGCUGCCCAGGCUGUGAACAGGGGAGGCGGUGCUGUGGGGGCUGCCGGCAGCCGGGGCUGGAGAGAGACAUGUGGACACGUGGCCUCUAUGGCUCCCGCCUGCCAUAUCCUCCGCUGGGUCCUCACCCUGGGGCUGGGCCUCACAUUCGAAGUCCUACAUGCCUUCCGGUCUCAAGAUGAGUUCCUGUCCAGUCUGGAGAGCUAUGAGAUCGCAUUCCCCACUCGAGUGGACCAUAAUGGGGCACUGCUGGCCUUCUCGCCCCCGCCCCCCCGGAGGCAGCGUCGGGGCACAGGGCCAGCCGCAGAGUCCCGCCUCUUCUACAAGGUGGCUGCACCCAGCACCCACUUCCUGCUGAACCUGACCCGCAGCCCCCGCCUUCUAGCAGGGCACGUCUCCGUGGAGUACUGGACACGGGAGGGCCUGGCCUGGCAGAGGGCUGCCCGGCCCCACUGCCUCUACGCCGGCCACUUGCAGGGCCAGGCCGGCAGCUCCCGUGUGGCCAUCAGCACCUGUGGGGGCCUGCAUGGCCUCAUUGUGGCAGAUGAAGAAGAAUACUUGAUCGAGCCCCUGCAAGUUGGGCCCAAAGGAACCCAGGGCCCAGAGGAGAGUGGCCCCCAUGUGGUAUACAAGCGCUCCUCUCUGCGUCAUCCCCACCUGGACACAGCCUGUGGAGUGAGAGACGAGAAACCAUGGAAGGGGCGGCCAUGGUGGCUGCGCACCCUGAAGCCGCCACCUGCCAGGCCCCUGGGGAAUGAAACAGAGCGUGGCCAGCCAGGCCUGAAGCGCUCGGUCAGCCGAGAGCGCUACGUGGAGACCCUGGUGGUGGCUGACAAGAUGAUGGUGGCCUACCACGGGCGCCGAGACGUGGAACAGUACGUGCUGGCCAUCAUGAACAUUGUUGCCAAACUUUUCCAGGACUCGAGUCUGGGAAACAUCGUUAAUAUCCUGGUGACACGCCUCAUCCUGCUCACGGAGGACCAGCCCACCCUGGAGAUCACCCACCACGCCGGGAAGUCCCUGGACAGCUUCUGUAAGUGGCAGAAAUCCAUCGUGAACCGCAGCGGCCAUGGCAACGCCAUUCCGGAGAACGGUGUGGCCAACCAUGACACAGCGGUGCUCAUCACGCGCCACGACAUCUGCAUCUACAAGAACAAACCGUGCGGCACGCUAGGCCUGGCACCCGUGGGCGGGAUGUGCGAGCGGGAGAGGAGCUGCAGUAUCAACGAGGACAUUGGCCUGGCCACGGCCUUCACCAUCGCCCACGAGAUCGGACACACGUUUGGCAUGAACCACGACGGCGUGGGGAACAGCUGCGGGGCCCGUGGCCAGGACCCAGCAAAGCUCAUGGCCGCCCACAUCACCAUGAAGACCAACCCUUUCGUGUGGUCGUCCUGCAGCCGCGACUACAUCACCAGCUUUCUGGACUCAGGCCUGGGGCUGUGCCUGAACAACCGGCCCCCCAGACAGGACUUCGUGUACCCGACCGUAGCACCCGGCCAGGCCUACGACGCGGAUGAACAGUGCCGCUUCCAACAUGGAGUCAAAUCGCGUCAGUGUAAAUACGGGGAGGUCUGCAGCGAGCUGUGGUGUCUGAGCAAGAGCAACCGAUGCAUCACCAACAGCAUUCCAGCCGCCGAGGGCACGCUGUGCCAGACGCACACCAUCGACAAGGGGUGGUGCUACAAGAGAGUGUGCGUCCCCUUCGGGUCGCGGCCGGAGGGCGUGGACGGGGCUUGGGGCCCGUGGACCCCGUGGGGCGACUGCAGCCGGACGUGCGGCGGCGGCGUGUCCUCCUCCAGCCGUCAUUGCGACAGCCCCAGGCCAACGAUCGGGGGCAAGUACUGCCUGGGUGAGAGACGGCGGCACCGCUCCUGCAACACCGACGACUGUCCCCCAGGCUCUCAGGACUUCAGGGAAAUGCAGUGCUCUGAAUUUGACAGUGUCCCCUUCCGUGGAAAAUUCUACACAUGGAAGACAUACCGAGGAGGGGGCGUGAAGGCCUGCUCACUCACGUGCCUGGCCGAAGGCUUCAACUUCUACACCGAGAGGGCGGCAGCCGUGGUGGACGGGACGCCCUGCCGCCCAGACACGGUGGACAUUUGCGUCAGCGGCGAGUGCAAGCACGUGGGCUGUGACCGGGUCCUGGGCUCCGACCUGAGGGAGGACAAGUGCAGGGUCUGUGGUGGUGACGGCAGUGCCUGCGAAACCAUUGAGGGGGUCUUCAGCCCAGCUUCGCCUGCAGCCGGGUAUGAGGAAGUCGUCUGGAUCCCCAAAGGCUCCGUCCACAUCUUCAUCCAGGACCUGAACCUUUCCCUCAGUCACCUGGCCCUGAAGGGGGACCAGGAGUCCCUGCUGCUGGAGGGGCUGCCCGGGACCCCCCAGCCGCACCGCCUGCCCCUGGCUGGGACCACCUUUCAGCUGCGACAGGGGCCAGAUCAGACACAGAGCCUGGAAGCCCUGGGACCUAUAAAUGCGUCUCUCAUCGUCAUGGUGCUGGCCCGGACAGAGCUGGCGGCCCUCCGCUACCGUUUCAACGCGCCCAUCGCCCGAGAUGCACUGCCCCCCUACUCCUGGCACUAUGCACCCUGGACCAAGUGCUCGGCCCAGUGUGCCGGCGGCAGCCAGGUGCAGGCCGUGGAGUGCCGCAAUCAACUGGACAGCUCGGCCGUGGCCCCCCACCACUGCAGCGCCCACAGCAAACUGCCCAAGAGGCAGCGCGCCUGCAACACAGAGCCCUGCCCACCCGACUGGGUGGUGGGGAACUGGUCGCGCUGCAGCCGCAGCUGUGAUGCGGGCGUGCGCAGCCGCUCCGUCGUGUGCCAGCGCCGCGUGUCGGCCGCCGAGGAGAAGGCGCUGGACGACAGCGCGUGCCCGCAGCCGCGCCCGCCAGUGCUGGAGGCCUGCCAGGGCCCCGCUUGCCCGCCGGAGUGGGCGGCCCUGGACUGGUCAGAGUGCACCCCCAGCUGCGGGCCAGGCCUCCGCCACCGCGUCGUCCUUUGCAAGAGCUCAGACCACCGCGCCACGCUGCCCCCCGGGCACUGCCCGCCCGCGGCCAAGCCGCCGGCCACCAUGCGCUGCAACUUGCGCCGCUGCCCCCCAGCUCGCUGGGUGGCGGGCGAGUGGGGCGAGUGCUCCGCACAGUGCGGCCUCGGGCAGCAACAGAGGGCGGUGCGCUGCUCCAGCCACACGGGGCAGCCGUCACGCGAGUGCGCCGAGGCCCUGCGGCCCCCCGCCACGCAGCAGUGCGAAGCCAAGUGCGACAGCGCGCCCCCCGGGGACGGCCCCGAAGUUCUGCAGCAGAGCCUACUUCCGCCAGAUGUGCUGCAAAACCUGCCAGGGCCGCUAGGGGGCGCGCGGGCCCCGGAGCCACAGCUGGGCGCCGGCUGGAGGGGACCAUGCCUGCAGCUGGCCAGCCUGAAGGAGCCCGAGGGGGCGGGAGCUGGGUGAGACGAAGCCGGAAGUUAUUUAUUGGGAACCCCUGCAGGGCCCCUGGCUGGGGGGUGGAGAGGGGCUGGCCACCCCCAGGGCCCCUCCUCAUCCCCUCUCCCAGUUCAUAGUGAGACCCCCUCCAGGGUGGGUUUGAGGAGGGAACAACUGUUCGCCCUAGCGCCCUUUUCACCCACCCCUAGGGAGCCCCCAAUACUGCCCCCCCUUUGACCGGAAUAUGUACUGUGAAGAGUGGGGGUGGGGAGGGGGUCUGCCGGUGUCCUGCCCCCAGCACUGCCCCAUCCCUCCGCUCUGAGCUGGGGGGAGGGGGGGGGGUCUAUGUCUGCCAUGGGGGAGGGGGAUUAGCAGCGCCUCCCUGACACCCUCCCCCUGACCAGACCAGCUACAGGGGUGAGGCAGAGCUGGCAAGAUCCACCCCAACCUCUGUCCUGCCUGCCCCAGGGGGACCCCGACAUCCAGGCGCCCCCAUCAUGGUGCUACAGGCCCUGCCCUGGGGCCCACACACCCCUCGCCAGGAAGCCCUCCAUCAAUAAAGUUCUGUCUUGUGUA